AUGAUCUAUGCGACCAUCCCUAAGGACAAUAACGAACGGCUACUGAUCGAGAGGGAUAUCUUUGGGGCGUUUGCCCUGAAUGUGAUUGCUUGUGAGGGUGCAGACAGGGUGGAACGGCCUGAAACUUAUAAGCAAUGGCAGGUGCAAUUCCACAGGGCUGGGCUGAGGCAGCUACCAUUGAAUCCAGAGGUUGUCAAGGCCGUCAGGGACAAGAUCAAGAACUUUUAUCAUAGAGACUUUCUCGUCGAUGAGGAUAACCGUUGGUUGCUGCUCGGAUGGAAGGGACGUGUGCUCUAUGCCAUGUCGACAUGGGCUGCUGAGGAUAAUAAACCCAUCUUUUAG